AUGUCUUCAGCAGGGUCAAGGCGCUCCUCUAGCUUUACCGUGUGGCAUGCUCCCGCUCGGACUCGAAGAAUAGGGAUCCAUUAUCCACGAAUUCGUGAGUGCGUCGCAACCUUCAUUCGCUCUCUUCGGCGGGUUCUCAUUGAGAUCAUUGACCUUGAUCAGAGGGAUAUGACCCACAGGAAUGCUUUGAAUUCGCUUUUUUCAAUAGGACGGUUAAAUCGUUCCACGAUUUAUACCAUUAUUGGAAAACGACCAAUCGGCAUGAGUCGUGUCCUAGAUGAACGUGCGUUUGAUCUGUUCAAGCCCAUCAUUGUUGCGACGUAUGCGAUCCGUAUUUCUAGAAUAAAAACAAUCUCAGAUUGCGCCCACUUACUCGUCGACAUCGAGGCCCCCAGUGUUACGGCUACAAGCGAUUUUUCCCGUCCUUUUUCAGCAAUGCUUAUUCGCCUAGAAGCCGGUGCCUGUGCUAGGGGCACUGGGCUCCGUUUAAUUACUCUUCCUGUCGUUAAAUGUCACUCCGCCCAUCGACAAUCAGGCAUUUCCCCGUACUGCUAUCCUUCAUGUGAACGUGUUUUUACUACGCUUUCGGGAACCUGUCAGCACGCAGAAUAUUUCCUCUCGGUCGUCGAGCCCCACGUCGAGGCGCACUUUUUGUUGCCCUUAUCGGUAUAUUAA